CUUUCAUUUUAAUUCACACACAACGACGUCGUUGCAAACCACGUCGCACAUCUGAUUUUUGUUUAUUUUUAAAUAGAACGCAAUUUUACCGUAACAUUGUGUUGUUGCAGGUUACGGGGAGCUUUUGGGCGUACGAAUGCAGCGGAACUAGCUGGCUGGAGGAUUAUCGAUAUCCGAUUGCAGUGACGUUGCUACUAAUGGGUGCGAUGGAGUCUGAAUAGCUAUCAUUACGAUAGAAGUACGUCAUUGAAGGGUCGAGUGAAAAAUCAUUUAGCAUUGGGUGAAUCCAUCGGUGGAUGUAGUGGAAGUCAUAAUGUUGGAGGAGGCUAAUGAAAAAGAUGACGAGCAAGUUCAAAAGCAAAAGGAGAUCCAGAAUCUGAUAAGGAACACCCAGUUCAACGGAACCAUCCGGUACUCGGACACUUUUCUCGCUAACAACUACAACAAGUUGCAGAUGCAGCUGAACUCGCGAUAUAUCUCACAGAUCUGCUGCCCACGUCGAGUCCGCGGCUCACUGCCACAUGUCCGGAUGCGGCCGUACUAUAUUCCUCAGCGGUCACGAACCAAGAGUGAAAGCUCAGACCCAUCAAGUAUGGUGUUCCUGGAGACUAUACGAACGGUGGACGCCAUACAGAGUGCAACCGUUCCCACAGCCGCCGCCACCACUCUAAUGGAAACCAGUGACCCGUCUACCUCGCAGAUGGAUACUUCGGCGGUGAUACCUCGAUGCAAUACGUUGGUCAAGUCCAAGUCGCUGGAAGAUUUGGUCCGAGCAAUCAAGUCCAUUGAUGGAUCGCUACCGUCCCACGAGAUGGAGUUUAUGUCUAGUCGCAUACAGAAGCUGAAGGUUCAGGAGUAGUGCCACUACUGGAAAAGGGGGCCACAACGAAUUAAUUAUUCAUGUCUAUUUUACUCACCGACGCGCACUGGGCUCACCUCAUGGCAGUUCUACGGAAUUUUAACCUUAAAUUAUAAUUAGCCAAUAUUAUUAGGCAUACUCGCCGUUCAAGAACAUUUUUGUAGGACUGAUUGGGCACGCAAGAAAAAGGUUUAGGGGAAGAAACACUUCAAUGGUAGCAAAAUUCAGCAAUAAGAGCAGCUUCGGCCGUUACUUAGAGAUUGACAUGCGAAGCAUUAUUUAUUUCAACUAAAUGUUUUCAGUAUCAAUAAAUAUUUCAAUGAGCAA